GCAGGAAGUGACUCGCAGCCGCUGCGGGGACUCUGGCUCCAGGCUCCUGGCGAGAUCCCCGAGCCCCGGCGGCUGGUGCUGGGAGCCCGGAGCCCGGGCUGCAGCCGGGAGAGGGGAAUCUCCAGCAGGGCCCUUCCCGCUGCUCCCCAGGAGCCUCUCCCAGGGCAGAGCCCCCAGCCCGGCCAGGCCCCUUCCCGGCCCGGCCCCUGCCCCAGGGGGCCCCGCUCGGAGGGAAGGCUGAGGAAUCACAUCCACAUUUCACUCCAGAUCGUCCCGUUGUGCAGGAGACAGAGAAGCGAAAUGGCUGUGAUGGAGCCAGCUCAGAUGCCGGUGAGCUUCGAGGAGGUGGCUGUGUAUUUCACCCAGGGGCAGGGGGCUCUGCUGGACCCCGCUCAGAGAGCCCUCUACAGGGACGUCAUGCAGGAGAACUACGAGGCAGUGACCUCGCUGGGAUUUCCCAUUCCCAAACCUGAGCUGAUCGCACAGCUGGAACGAGGGGAAGAACCGUGGGUGCCCGAUCUCUGGGUCUGCGAGGAAAGAGAGGUCCUGAGAUGCACCCGCACAGGUGCUGAGAGAGUCAGUGAUAAGGGGAAUCAUCAUGAGGAAGUUCCUGGGGAAGUGGAACCACAGCGCACAUUUGUGGGAAGAGCUGAAGGGAAUUUUUCCCAGUGCUGGGAACAGGGAGAAGCCUGGAGAAAUUGGCACAAGUCAGAGAGGCUGAUGGGAAACCAGCCAGGGAAGAAAGUGGAUGAAUCUAUUAACUGUGGGGGAGGAGACAAGGAUCCCACAGCUCAGCGGACAAAUCCCAAGGAAGAGAAACCCUACCACUGCCUCCAGUGUGGGAAAGGAUUCAUUGCGAGACCACACCGUGUUACGAAUCAGACAAUCCAUACUGGAGAGAAACCCCUUCAAUGCUUGGUCCCUGGGAAAAUAUUCAAUAUCUGCUCAGACUUUAAUAACCAUGGAAAAAGCCACAUGGGAGAGAAAUCCUAUCAAUGCCUUGAGUGUGGGAACUGUUUGAAUUGGAAUUCAGCACUAAUUACACAUCAGAUAAACCACACAGGAGAGAGAUCCCAUAAGUGCUUAGAGUGUGGAAAAAGUUUCACACAGCGAUCAUAUCUUGUAACACAUCAGAGGAGGCACACAGGAGAGAGACCCUAUAAGUGCUUGGACUGUGGGAAAAGUUUCAUAUGGAGGUCAGACCUUGUUAAACAUCAGGCAAUCCACACAGGAGAGAGACCCCAUAAGUGCUUAGACUGUGGGAAAAGUUACACACGGAGAUCAGACCUUGUUAGACAUCAGGCAUUGCACACAGGAGAUAGACCUUAUAAAUGCUUGGCAUGUGGGAAAAGCUUCAUACGGAGGUCAAUCCUUGUUAGACAUCAGGCAAUCCACACAGGAGAGAAAUCCCAUGAAUGUGUGGACUAUGGGAAAUGUUUCAUACAGAGGUCAGACCUUCUUAAACAUCAGGAUUUCCACAUAGGAGACAGACCCCAUAAGUGCUUAGAGUGUGGAAAAAGUUUCACACAGCGACCAUAUCUUGUAACACAUCAGAGGAGGCACACAGGAGAGAGACCCUAUAAGUGCUUGGACUGUGGGAAAAGUUUCAUAUGGAGGUCAGACCUUGUUAAACAUCAGGCAAUCCACACAGGAGAGAGACCCCAUAAGUGCUUAGACUGUGGGAAAAGUUACACACGGAGGUCAGACCUUGUUAAACAUCAGGCAAUCCACAUAGGAGACAGACCCCACAAGUGCUUGGACUGUGGGAAAAGUUUCAGAAACACAUCUGACCUUGUUAAACAUCAGGCAUUCCACACAGGAGAGAGACCCCAUAAGUGCUUAGACUGUGGGAAAAGUUACAUACGGCGGUCAGACCUUGUUAGACAUCAGGCAAUCCACACAGGAGAUAGACCCCAUAAGUGCUUAGAUUGUGGAAAGAGUUUCACACAGCGAUCAUAUCUUGUAACACAUCAGAGGAUUCACACAGGAGAGAGACCCCAUAAGUGCUUGGACUGUGAGAAAAGUUUCAGAAACAUAUCAGCCCUUGUUAAACAUCAGGGAAUCCACACAGGAGAGAGACUCCAUAAAUGCUUGGACUGUGGAAAGAGUUUCACACAGCGAUCAUAUCUUGUAACACAUCAGAGGAUCCACACAGGAGGCAGACCCCAUAAGUGCUUGGACUGUGGGAAAAGUUUCAGAAACACAUCAGCACUUGUUAAACAUCAGGCAAUCCACACAGGAGAGAGACCCCAUAAAUGCUUGUACUGUGGAAAGUGUUUCACACAGCGAUCAUACCUCGUAACACAUCAGAGGAUCCACACAGCAGAGAGACCCCAUAAGUGCUUGGACUGUGGGAAAAGUUUCAUAUGGAGGUCAGAGCUUGUUAAACAUCAGGCAAUCCACACAGGAGAGAGCCCCCAUAAAUGUUCUGACUGUGGGAAAAGUUACACACGGAGGUCAGACCUUGUUAGACAUCACGCAAUCCACACAGGAGAUAGACCCCAUAAGUGCUUAGACUGUGGAAAAAGCUUCAUACGGAGGUCAAUUCUUGUUAGACAUCAGGCAAUCCACACAGGAGAGAAAUCCCAUAAAUGUGUGGACUAUGGGAAAUGUUUCAUACAGAAGUCAGACCUUGUUAAACAUCAGGAUUUCCACAUAGGAGACAUAUCCAACAAGUGCUUGGAUUGUGGAAAGAGUUUCACACAGCGAUCAUAUCUUAUAACACAUCAGAGGAGGCACACAGGAGAGAGACCCCAUAAGUGCUUGGUCUGUGGGAAAAGUUUCAUAUGGAGGUCAGACCUUGUUAAACAUCAGGCAAUCCACACAGGAGGGAAAUCCCAUAAAUAUGUGGACUAAGGAAAAUGUUUCAUACAGAGGUCAAUUUUUGUUAAACAUCAGAGAAUCCACACAGGAGAGAGACCCAUAAGUACUUGGACUGUGGGAAAAGUUUCAUAUGGAGGUCAGAUCUUGUUAGACAUCAUGCAAUCCACACAGGAGAUAGACCCCCAUAAGUGUUUAGACUGUGGGGAAAGUUUCAGAAACACAUCAGCCGUUGUUAAACAUCAGGCAAUUCACACAGGAGAGAGACCCCAUAAAUGCUUGGACUGUAGGAAAAGUUACACACAGAGAUCGCACCUCAUUAAACAUGGGAGAAUCCACACAGGAUCUGAAGUUCUGUUACACAGGGACAGGAGUGUUAAAAAACUUGCCGGGUAAUUGACCCGUAUGUAACCAUUAGAGACAUGUUACAUAAAUUUGUAAAUGGUAAUUAGGGCCAAGCCAUACGAGAUAAGAUAGUGGUUUGAGAUGUAAACUUGUAUUGUUAAAUACUUGGAUGAAGAGGGUAGCUGAAGUAGUCUGCAAUUACCUUUAUCUUGUUAGAGGUUAACAAUGUAACCAAACAGUUCCUGUCCAGGGCUGUAUUCUGUUAAUUCAAAGAUCAAAAGAAAAUAUUAACAUUUAGAUAAAACUUGGGUAUAAUAAUGUCAUUGUCUGUAUGUCUGUGUAAAGUUUGUGGUAAACUAUUAAGUGCAUUAUGGAUAAUUACCUUAUGUUAAUGCAGAUAAUUGAUUACCAGUGAUGUUAGGAAAUAGAAGCUUACUUCAAAAACCUAUUGUUCACCACAGGACUGCAUGAUGUUGAGAUGGUGCAAAAAUCUGUAUUAGAACUCUUGGGACCUGAUUCUUUUAUCUCCAAUCUUCUUAAACUUAAUUUGGGGAGAGUUUGAGUCGUAAAAUCUGAGAUCUCCAGGCCCAGCUGGACCUGCCUUGUAUUGACCAUUUGGACAUUGGACUAUAACCUGAUGAAAUGAUUCGCAAUUCUAAAGCACCAUCUUGACAGUGAACUUGACGUAAGGACUCCAUUCAUCUUUUGAUGUGUAAUGAUCUUUUAGCCAAUCAUCUCUUUUCUCCUUUUAAUAAAUCUUAGGUGAAUUGA